AUGCUCUCGCGGCGACGCGCCGACAGGAAGACACGCUGUCCCAUCCUGAUUCUGCUGCUGUUCUCGCAACCGCGCCGUGGAUUGGCAAUGAUUAGUAUUUCGAGGUCACAGAGUACGCCCAGGCUCCCCGCGGAUUCCGAGAGAUGCGGGUUCCGAGAGGCAGCAGCCAGAGUUCGGCUCGGACUUGGAACCUUUUUUGACUCUCGUGCGCAAAAAGCAGAGCCACAUAACCCGGAUCUGUCCCCCAGCUGUAACCCGCUGUACCGAGUUUCCCUCUCGAGAGACUUUGCCACUGUUGGCAAUAAUAGACCGCGCAACAAUCUCUAA